GGGCAUUUGAAAGACCAUCUGGAGUUCAAGGAAUCGAUGAAGUUGUAUUUUCAUGUUCCUGGGAAAGAACUAGCUGAUGGUUUGAGGUUUUUGUUUGAUGACAGUGGUUGUGCUAGCAUGUCAGACUACAUUUGUGUUGCAGAUGUAGCUGAUAUUUAUGUGGAAUACCAUGGGGAGCAGGACAGUGAGAGUAGCAGCAGUGCUAGUGGUUAUGAGAAUGAGAUUGUUGAUGUUGGUAUGGAUGAUGAUGAAGCUGAAGAACCUGACAUGGUCAUUACUGCAGAACCAGAUGAUAAUGGUGUGCUCACUCAAAUGAACAACAUCCAAUUUGAGCAUCCUAGGGCAAGCAAAACCAUAGUGGCAAAUGAGGUUGAUGAAGUGGCAGGAACUCAGUUGAUAUUUUCUCAAAUAUGCAGUCCAGAUGAAGUGCCAGAUGCAGUGCAUUUUCAGAGCAAUUUGAGGACAGAUGCAGUGAACUUUCAGAGGAAUGUGAGGACAGAGGAAGUGAAGGAUCAGAGCAACAACCCAGCAGAUCAAGUGAAUGUUGAGAGCAACAAUGCAGUUUCAGCUAGUGAUUCUGAAGAAGAUACAGAGUACAUACCACACAGUGAGGACAGUGGAGAAAAUUCAGAGGUUGUUGAGCUCAGAAGGCAUGCUAGAAAAUUUAAGAAGAGGAUGAGAGAUACAAAGAGUUGGCUUGCAGGUGAUUCAACAGCUCCUAUUCCUAUUGACUUAAUUGCAAAUAUGGAAGAUCAGUUAGAGGGAGAGGAGAAACAGUGGGGCUAUGACUCAUCUGAUGAGGAUUAUUCUUAUGAUGAAGAUUCUGAUGGGCACAUGGUGAGGAGGAAGAGCCAGUAUCCAAGAUACAAUAAUGACUCAGAAAUUCCACACUUUGCAUUGACAAUGGUAUUCAGGAGCAAGAAUCAGCUUGUGAAAGCAUUGAAGAAAUAUGGGAUUGUGACCAAAAAAAGCAUUGUGUUCUUGAAGUCAGAGAGUAACAGAGUUAGGGCUAAGUGUGGAUGGCCUGGCUGCCCUUGGCUUAUUUAUGGAGCCAAAACCUCAAGAACAAGCAGGUUUCAAAUCAUAACAUUUAAUGAUGAGCACCAUUGUGCACAAAACAGGGAGAACAGACUUGUGACAGCUAAGGUUAUUGCUGAAAGAUAUGAGCACUUCAUUUUAGCUAAUCCAAUGUGGAAAAUUGAGAGCAUGAAAGCAACAGUUCUUCAGGACAUGUUUGCUGAUGUAUCAACUUCUAAGUGCAAGCAUGCAAAGAAGCUUGUCAUGGACAAGUUAAGGGCUGGAAUGAAGAAUGAAUACACCAGGGUUUUUGAUUAUCAGCUGGAGCCACUUAGAAGUAAUCCUGGAAGCACUGUUGCAGUCUGUUUGGAUCCAACAAACAUGGAACAAAACAUAUUUCAGAGUUUCUAUGUCUGCUUUAAUGCACUGAAGUUGGGAUUUAAGGCUGGCUGCAGGAAAGUGAUUGGUUUAGAUGGUUGUUUUUUAAAGGUGCUGUCAAAGGAGAGCUAUUGUGUGCUAUUGCAAGAGAUGCAAACAAUCAAAUGUAUCCAGUGGCAUGGGCAGUUGUUGAGAGGGAAACUAAUGAUACAUGGAAGUGGUUCAUUGCCCUGCUUAUUAAAGAUCUUGAGAUUAAUGACAAUGGAGCUGGCUGGGUGUUCAUUUCAGAUCAGCAGAAGGGACUGAUAAAUGCAAUGAAGGAUUAUUUGCCAAAUGCAGAGCACAGAAUGUGUGCUAGGCAUAUCUAUGCCAACUGGAGGAAGAAGCAUAGGGAACAUCAGUGGCAGAAGAAGUUCUGGGCAGUUGCCAAAGCAGCAAACAAGCAGGACUUCAACUACUAUAAAGCAAAGCUUGCCCAAGAAACUCCAGAAGGUGCAAAAGACAUCAUGAGAACAGAGCCAGUGCACUGGGCAAGGGCUUUUUUUCCAGUGGGAUCCAAUUGUGAGUCUGUUGAUAAUAAUUUGUUUGAAUCCUUCAAUCAUGCAAUUGUUGAAGCAAGGUUUUAUCCAAUAAUUUCAAUGCAA